AUGUACAAUCAGAGCAGGGGUGAGGGGGCAUCAACCAUUCGUGCUACCAUCCUUGUACCCGUGUGUGAGCCUAGGGCUCUUCAUCAAGGAAGAAGUUAUCCCCAAAAAGAUGGUCCCAACAAAAGUAAGUACCUAGACAGAGCCAAUAAUUUGUUGCCAUCCAUACUCGCGGGAAAUUUUGAAAAAAAACAGAAAGCCAAUAAGCGUACCUCCCAGUGGAAUGAGGAAAAGUCAAGCGAAAAUUUUUUAAAAAAAUUAAUAAAUGAAAUGAGGAAAAGGCGGAGA